AACAGCAACAACAGCUGCAGCAGCACAGCCAACCUCAUCAUCGGCAGCAGAGAGAGCAGGCCGAGCGAGCCGCCGAACAGCCAGAUUUGCCACUGAGAACAACAACGAGUACGAGCACGAGGACGAGGACAACAUUGCCCCCUUCAGUCCCAUCAGCAGUAGCAGCAAUAACGCCGCCAUUGCCUCCUCCAGCAUUACAGGCUCAAAGAGUGGAUCAACCAUUCGGUCCUCCACGUGCACCUCCAUUACAUCGCCCAGCCAACAACAGAGUACUGUUAUCGAGAACCAGCCCCACGCCAAACGUCCCAACGCUCUCGGCACUCCCACAACAACAGAGACUGUGGUGCAGAUAAAUACAACGGCCGCAACGCGGACAGCGGCGUCGGCGACGACGCCACCUACAUAUCUGACGUGUGCGACUUGUGAGGAUUUGCGCCAACAACAUCUCGAACAGUAUCCACACUGCUCUCUGGGCGCUGCAGGUGCCUCCUCCACAACAGCUGGGGCCCGAGCGAAAACGGCAUUUGCUGCAAAUCCAACGACCUGCAGGGGUUGUGCUGUUGUUGCAGCUGCAUCAUCCACAUCGUCGUCCGCGGCUGCAGCUGCUGCCGCCGCCGCUGGUGUUGGUGCUGGUGGUGACUAUCAACAUCAUCAACAUCAUCAAAAUAAUCGCCCUGUGUGCACGGACAAUAAUAUGAGGAGUGGCAGUUCGGAAUUACUACUCGAGCAGCAACAACAAGAGUUACGGUUACGUAAACUACGAGAACUGGCUCCAAAAAAGAAAAAUGGUAACCGGCGCUUUCGUUCGUGGCGCGAACGUGCCCGCUUCUAUGCUACCUCCACACUCGCCUUCUUCUCGGUGACCGCCGGUGCCUCGCUACUGUUCCUCGUGCCGCUCUAUGUCGAUCCGGCGAUAUCGACGCUCAGUCACGACUUCAUUGAGAAUCCCACGCUCUGCACCACAUCGCGCCGCGAAGAUCUUGUCGGUAUAUUCAACUGUUCGUGGAGCUCGUGCCGCGAGGGCUGCACCUCCGAUCUAUACAAGUGUGUUCAUAUCUAUGUGACGUUUAUCGAAGACAACAUAACCAUACCCGAGAACAUGACCGACUAUACAAAUUACACGGCCGACUGGACGCAAUCGGACGAGGCCACCCUCCUGGUCAACAUCAAGGGUUGCGGCUAUCCGCCCACGGUCACGUGCAAAACCUUCAAUGCAUUUUACGGCGUCGAGGGGGCCAUCUACCCCUGCUAUUAUUCGCGUAAAAAUAAAACGGUAGUGCUCACCUCGUACAGCCACGACGAUCAGGUCCAUGUGAUCGUGCAUUUUUUUGCCGUGCCAUUUGUGAUAACAGUGAUCUCAUCGAUAGCUCUGUGCAUUAUGCACUGUGACUGCCGUUGUAAAAAGGAUCGAAGUCAUCGGCGAAAUCGGCCGCAGUGUCGACGCCCACGAAUUGAUAAUUUAAGUGAUACAUCAAUAUCAACGAGAGUGGAUAUGCUGACGCCGGCCAUUGAAGUGUAUAAACCACCGCUCUGACAUAAGGAUGACACGGUGGAGAGCAAUUUAGGCAAUCCAUCGACGAGUAGUGAUUUUUAGCAAAAGCUAAUAACGACCCGUGUCGAGCUUAAUAAUGCAGCCUAUAUGCAUUCAUCAACAUCACCUACGAAUACAACAACUAGGACAUCAAAUCCAGUAACACCGACUCUCACAACCACAUUAAUACCUACAACAACUGCAGCAGCAGCAGCAGCAUCAGCAGCGACUGCACAACAAAUAUCACAACCAGUAACAAAAAUAAACACAAAAACAA